AUGGCCCGUCGUUCAAGCCGUCUUGCUCAGUCUGAACACGCCCCCAUCCCCGAACCUAUGCCUGAAGCAAUUCAACCCAUGCCCGAAAUAAUCCAACCAAUCCCGGAGCCCAUCGCAAUGGCGCCAGUCCCCACUGUCGCGCCGGAGAUGGAGGAAGAGAUGCCACCGGCACCUCCAAGUGCGGGGAUAGAAGUAAAGACCAAAUUCCCUGUGGCGCGCAUCAAGCGCAUCAUGCAGGCCGACGAGGAUGUCGGCAAGGUUGCUCAAGUGACACCGAUUGCUGUGUCCAAGGCUCUCGAACUCUUUAUGAUCUCUCUCGUCACUAAGGCGGCACAAGAAGCAAAGGAUCGCAACUCAAAGCGCGUCACGGCGUCCCAUCUCAAACAGGCCGUCGCUAAGGAUGAAGUGCUCGACUUCCUGGCCGACAUCAUCGCCAAGGUCCCCGAUCAACCCGCUGGCCGGAAACACGAUGACGACGGAAGUGAUCAGAAUGAGGGUCGCCGUAAGCGUGGCGGGCGGCGACCAAAGGAUGAGAGUGAUUGA